GGGGUGGAGUGAGAUACUCAGUCAUGUCAUAAACAAUGUCAUUUACAGCUGUCCUUCCCUCACCUUCAUGAGAAAGAGAAAGUAAAAGCUACCUGCAGGCCGCAGUCAGUCUUUGUUCAGACACGACAUGAUGGCGGUUCAGAGCGGAACCUCUUAAACUUAAACUUUAUCUAAAUCGUACUGUAUCACAAGAAAUAUUCUUCCAGCUCCAAGAAAAUCUGCAGACACUCAGCAAGAGUCUUACAGGCAUCAUGACCCUCCUUUAUAUUUACAUCUUAUGGGUCGCUGCCUGUGUGGACUCCAUCAGUGCAGAUUCUCACAUUACUGUAUCAGCUCGAGUGGGUUCCACAGCCGUCCUGCCAUGUAACCUGAGAAAGGAGUUCACAGAAAGAUCAAUUGUUCGAUGGCACACCGAUGUUGGGUUUGUGUUUGAGCGAAGCAGUGAUAAAACAAGUAUAGGCUCAGGAUAUGAAGGACGUGUGGACGUUCCUGAAGACGAGCUGCGUAAAGGAAACUGUUCCCUGGUGUUGAAGAACGUCAGAAUCACUGAUGACGGUGCCUAUAGAUCCUUUGUGGUGGAAUACGUGGACAGAACUAACACAGGCAAAACACAAGAAAUCAGCAGGGUUAAACUCUCAGUUGAUGUCUUUUGGAACAUAUCAGCUGAAGUGGGUUCCACAGUUCUCCUGCCAUGUGAAUGGAGCGAUCUGUCCAUCCAAACACCUCAUAUUGAGUGGUAUAUCGAUUCUGAGAUUGUGUUUGAGCGAAAGGGUAAAGAGUCAUAUCAGGGUGAGGGAUAUAAGGAUCGCGUGGACGUUCCUGAGGACGAGCUGCUUAAAGGAAACUGUUCCCUGGUGUUGAAGAACAUCGGUUUUACUGAUGAAGCUGUCUACAGAAGCUCCAUGGUAGUGACACAUACAAAGAAAUCUGUCUUGGUCCAGAAAGUUGAACUCUCAGUCUACAAAAAACCUGAAGAGAGGAAAGAUGAAACAUCAAGUUCCUCAGGUGAAGCUGGAAUAAAUUGGCCUCACCCGCUGAUCUUCAUCAUUUCCCUCCUCAUGAUAAUGGACAUCACAGCUUCCUUCCUUUACAUCUGUGUCUUCAUCACCUCUGUGGACUCCCCCCAUACAGGCCCUAAGACCUACAAUGUAUCAGCCAGAGUGGGAGACACAGCUAUCCUGCCAUGUGAACUGAGUGAUGUGUCCAGCGAAACACAUGUUAAAUGGGAUGUGGGGACUAAGACUGUGUUUGAGGGGGGCAUUGAGGAGUCAGAUCCAGGCAAAGGAUAUGAGGGCCGUGUGGAUGUUCCUAAGGAGAAGCUGCGUGAGGGAAACUGUUCCUUGGUGUUGAAGGAUGUGAGAGAAUCUGAUACUCAUUUCUACAAAUGUAAUCUGAUGGUAACCGAUGAAACGGGAUCAAAGCAAUGGAAACCCAUCAGCAAAGUUCAUCUCUCAGUCGAGGUGAAUGGAGGUUUUCAUCGCGUUCUGGAGCUUUUGGAGCUGCAGUACGUCGUCCCGUCUCAACAUUACAUUUCACUGCCAUACCGGAGCUUUACAAUAAUGUUCAUGACCACCUACGAGAUUGUGUUGCAGAUGUGA